AUGGCUAUCUGGGAUAGAUGGCGCACCUGGCUCCAGACAGGGAUGGUGGAGGCAAAAUAUAAGGAAGCUUUAGCCUCCCAGACCUCCCAGAACUCCGAGUCUUACUCCAAGUGGUUAGAAGAGGCGCAAAAUGAUCACCUCCGCCCCCUUUACCGCUCCCUUCGAGCUGAUGAGCAAACCUUGGAACGACCGUAUCGGGAGUUCACUCCCCUGGCGCGGCCCUAUAAACGGCUCGACUUUUGGUGCGAGGUCUGGCAGGGUAACCUGGUGUCGCCAGCUCCGCUCCAAGGGGAAGUAUGGGACGCAUUGGUUGACUUAGCCCGGGAGCAGGUCCGUUCCCUGCCCAAGCAUUCUGCUAGCUCUGUCGCUAAGAUAUGCGCUGCCAGGAAUCCCAAAAAAGGAGGCCCGGACGGCUGGGAUUUCAAUGACCUUCGAGACCUGCCUCGGGAAGCGUAUGCAGUCCUAGCCAACGUCUUCAACAAAAUGGAGGAGGACCUUGCCAUUCCCCUCCAAGUCUCCCAGGUCCAGAUUGUUCUUCUGGCCAAGAGUGCCUUGAAGGAAAGACCUAUCGGUCUUACAUCGGUCCUGUGGCGGCUUUGGUGUAAGACUCGGCGGUUCUUGGUCAGCCAGUGGCUGGACUCCUACAUCCCGGAUCAUCCUUUUGACUCGGCGAUUCCAGGUCGAACCUCGUUGGACGUUGCCCUGGCCAGGAAGUGCUCCAAAGAAUCCGCCAGAGUCAAGGGUUUGCACACUGUCUCGUUGUUUGUUGACAUUAAUGGGUUUUACGACAGCGUCUCUUGGCAGCGGCUUUGCGAACAAGGCUUGCGGUUGUCUUUCCCAGCCUUGGCCCUGUGCCUCUCCCUUCGCCUCUACCAAGGAGGCCGCACGGUGGUGGGUGAAUCCCAGCCCAGCCCCACCAUCUUCCCAGGCCGGGGCAUGAUUCAGGGAUGCCCGUACGCACCCACCUUGGCCAAGCUCACCAUGUCUGAACCCUUACAUAGACUGAAACGAGUCACAGGUUUGCAUCAUUGCGACGUAUGGUUGGACGAUGUCUCUGCAGACUCCCUCCAUGCCUCGCCGGAUAUAGCCGCGGGCGCGGCCUAUGAAGCCUUUCGAGUGCUCAAGGCCAGUCUUCAGGCUGAAGGUCUCGUCCGCAGCCAAGAGAAAACAAAAUUUGUGGCCGGGACACCCCGCUCGGCCGCGGCGCUGCGACAGCUGCUGCGGCCGGGGGACCCUGACAUAGUCGACGUGGUCAAGGAUUUAGGCCUUGAUAGUGGCAGUGGCCGCCGGCGCAGGAGCCGAUACGGUUCCACGGAUACCAUCCUAGACAUGACGGCCCAUGAGGUUCAGGAUCCCUACCUUAUUGUGGUAACCCAGCACGUGGAAAGUCUUUUUAGGAUGAUGGCCAGAUGUAACCGCAUGGGAUGGGAGGCCGUAAAGGACACUUGGCGGGUGGUCUGGAAGCGGCUGGAGGCUGCGAAGCACGGUUGGUCCGUGGUCACUGGACCCAUCUCUGCCAUGUGUCAAUACCUCCGCGACCUCCAGGUCGACGGCCAUGAUCCUUCCCGCUGGGUUUUUGAGGAGCGUGUUCUCGAAAUCAAGCCCUCUGAGGUUUCGGUUAUCUGCCAAACCUCGUCUUUCCUCAUGGACAUCAUCAAGACCCAGAGGUCUCGUCGCAUUGGAUCGGCCUCGUCGGCAGCGGGUGCUGCUGGCGGGGUCGACUGGACGGUCCCGCGUCGCCUGCUCAAGUCAGUGCGCACCAAAACAACCCGGUACGCUUACCGGGCUGUUUUCCAAGGGUCCAUUCUCCAUAACGGCAAUGGUGGCAAGGAUGUCUGUAAGUUUUGUGGCGAUCCCGGGGCCACCUUGCGUCACCUCAUGUAUGAAUGCCCUUCCUUCCCUGGUGGCAUGCGGUUACCGGGGUACGUUCUGGCGGAGAAGCGCCGUUUCCCUGAUGACUGCCUGUGGCUUCGGGGUAUGCUCCCCCUUAAAUACCUCCCAGUCGCUCCCUCGGGGGACCUAGAAGUGGUCAAGACAGGCGUGUUUCUCACGUCCUCCCAGGUAGUAGCAGACGGGUUGGUGGUUGCUACGGACGCGUCAGGGGGCAAGUUCACCAAGGAUCCGCGAUUGCGAAGAGUGAGCUGGUCUGUUGUCGUGGGGCGGGUUCAAGAUGGUCUGCCAACCAGUGCGCCGACGAGUUGGCAGGCUAACGGGCUGCCACCAUACCGCCUGUUGCAGGGCGGAAAGUCCAGGACCUGGAUAGGCUCGUAA